AUGCUCUUUAAAAGUUUAUCAUAUGCUAAAAGGAUUGCUUCUCUUGUAGACCUAGGGAAAAGUCGUGAAGCCAUAACUUUGUUUUGUCAACUCCAAAAGACUGAUAAGAUCACAGAGUUUCUCCUCUCAGCAACUCUAACAGCCUGUGGAAGAGUUUCUGCAAUUAAGGAAGGCAAACAGUUUCAUUGCAUAGUUGUUAAGAAUGGGUACAAAGGAGAUGUGGUUUUAAUGACGUCUCUUCUUGAUUUUUACGUCCAAUGUAGUUAUAUACGGGAAGCCCGCAAUGUGUUUGAUGAAAUUCCUGUGAGAGACGUGGUUGCCCAGAACAGCAUGAUUUCAGGGCUGUGCUGGUCUCGCUUGACGUCGGAGGCAAUCCAACUGUUUGAAAGAAUGCUGGAGAGAGAUGCGGGCACUUGGAAUUCGUUGAUUUCGGGUCUCGGGUGUAACAAUGAAGGAAGGAGUGGAUUGUUUUACUUUGAGAGAAUGGUGUCCGAGGGAGCUGAAGUUGAUGCUUUGACUAUAGUGAGUGUUCUUUCAAUAUGUGCCAAUCUUGCAGCGUUGCGUGUCGGUAAGCAAGUUCACGGUUUGGUUAUUAGACAGGGGCACGAGCUGUAUCUGCCUAUUGGAAGUGCUACUGUUGACAUGUAUGCUAAAUGUGGGGACAUGGAGGACGCUUCCUUGUGUUUCAACAAAAUGCGAAUUAAGAAUGUAGUUUCGUGGACUGCUUUAAUCGAGGGCUAUGGGAAACAAGGCAUGGGAAUGGAAGCUAUUCGGGCAUUUGAGGCCAUGGAGAUGGAAGGUGUUGUGCCGAACGAAGUCACUUUCUUGGGUGCCUUGUAUGCGUGUAGCCACUCGGGGCUAGUACCAGAAGGAUGGAGGGUUUUCAACACAAUGAUGCACAAGUAUUUCAUCACACCAAAGAUAGAGCAUUACACGUGCAUGGUGGAUCUCUUAGCGCGAUCUGGGCGUCUAGAGGAGGCCUGUAGUUUUAUAGAGCAGAUGCCUAUAAAACCAGACGCUGAGCUUUUCAAGGCUUUCAUAAGCUCGUGUCGCUUGCAUGGAAACCUAGAGCUAGCGAGGAGUGUUGGAGAGACACUAAUGGAAUUGGAGCCUCAAGAUUCGGGUGCCUAUAUGUUGCUAUCAAACUUGUAUGGACUUGUUGGGGACUUGGAAGGUGUUGCAAAAGUGAAAAGGUUGAUGUCAAAUAGAGGUGUAAGGAAAGAGACAGGAUGUACAUGGAUUGAGAUUAAACAAAGCAGUUCACAUAGUUGA